GAACGUUUGGUUUUGGUUCAGAGAUUUUCGCUGGUUGUGUGUGUGAACAAAUCGUUCACUGUGAUUCUAGCGGACUGUUUCCGAGUAAGAGCACAGUGUGAAGGUAACAAUAACCAAGAGAGGUGUCAGGUCAUAGUGUGCACUAAACGAAGCUCUUCCGUCGACCAGAAAAGAGGUCGUUUCCUGUCUCUUGGUGUUAGCUCGAGACUGAGUAGGCUACACUGCAAGUACACUGAAGGGGCAGGGGGAGGGGUUGUCAGGUAACGAGUGACACAACAUGUCACGUACAUUGUGCACUUAAAUGACGAGGUGAGGGCGUACUUGGCACAAUCUGACACGUAGUAAAGUUGGAGCACAAGUGCAGAAAUGUGUGUGUGGUUUAGUCAGGCAGUCGCUGUCCAUUUACUGGGUUUCCAUUCUUUAGGUGAACAUUUCGAAUUGAGCGAUGCCAUGCACACUCUUCUGAAUGUGUGAUGAAUUAUUCUGAUCAUUAUAUAUUUUUACUUAUUAGAGCUGGACAACAGGGCAUCGAUGUAAAAUUGUGGUAAUAACAUAAUUUCUUUUUUGUAUGUGCAGAAAACGUUUUCUUAAAAAAAAAGUAUUUCAACAGUGCCUGGUUAGUUGAGUUCAAAGUUCGCAGUAAAGACCGUUUUCUCUCUCCCCCACCCCCCAAAACCCCCUACAUAGCGGCUUAGGCUUUUUUUUUUUAAAAUCAUUAAAAUAGGAGAGUGAACGAGGGCGUCUGUAUACCAGUAAACUUUUAGCCUAGAGCGGUCUCCCAGAGAACGUCUCCACUCCUGGCGGUAAACACCAUCAAGGAAGAUUGUAUUAGCGAAUGAGUAUCAGUUUCCAAGAAUCAGUUUCGCAUUUGCAAGCAAAUUAAACAAGGAAAUGAAACGAAUAUUAACAAGGGAAAAACAGCGCUCUAUACAGAUAAUUCUUCCUCUACUUUACAUUUUACCUCUAAAAUAAAAAUAAAUGAAAAAAAAUUCGUGUCACCAUACACCUCCAGGAUCAUGACCAGCAUCCGGCCAGAACAUUGAAUUUCAGAGCUCGUUGAUUUGAGUACAAUAGGCUGCAGCUUUUCUUUUACUAUCCAUUGCUUCUUAUCAUUAACAUAUUCAGGUUUCCCUGAUGUUUAUAUUUGUGAAUGAAGUUCCUGGUAGGUGACGUGUUGACAACAAUAGAACGAAAAUACCGAAUUAGUAGAGAAACAUGAUGCCCUUGUGACUUUUUCUCCUCCCCUUUAAUCGACAGCAAAAGACACAAAAGAGGAGGGUGGAAAAAAAUUAAGAAAGAGAGAGAUGCUAACUUUCAUUUCUAGAAAAGAGCAAAGCAUAGAAGGUCAAAAAAAAAAAAAAAAAAGUUUUCGGUAGGUAUACUGCACCACUCUCCAGGUUAACAAUAGGAUUAACAUUAGUCUUACAGUUUUGCCACAAAGAGCUUAGGUGAAAAGUUUCAUUCAAUGGGUGAGAAAAGGCGAUAAGACAAGCGAGAGGAAAAUAGAUGAUAGUUGCGCAGAGAAGCUCAAGCAUACCCCUGAUGAUCGCCGCACUUCAAGGACAGGUCUCGCCACACUCCGCCCCAGCGUCUCCUCGAUGCCCUCUCGGUCGCGCGCCUUCUGUCGGGUACGUCGAUGGCCAGCAUCCCCGCUACACCCACUACGUCAUGUCAGCCACGCCCUACGCUCCCACUACGCGCCAGCAGACGACACCACCGCGGCGUCGGACCACCGGCACCCACUACUUCCUGGAGGAGGACAGGCUGGGACUAGGAGGGUCGUGCGAUGUGUACUGUGGGGUAGAAAAGGAUUCUGGGAAGCGACAUGCCCUGAAGGUCCUGAGAAGGGAUAGGCUGGCGUCUAAGGACGAGCUGCUGGGGGAGGCCCGGACCCUGCGCCAGCUGUCUUGCUCCAAGAUCGUCAAGCUCAUCGCCCUGGAGGUAGAGGAGUCAUCGGGGUUGCCGGUGGUGGUGAUGGAGUACUGUAAUGGCGGAAGUCUGCUGACGCACCUGCAACAGCCAGAAAAUGCCAGGGGAAUCGAUGACAGGGAGUUCCUCCUGCUUUUCUCAGACAUGGUGGAGGCCAUCAGUUACCUUCGCUCUAAAGGUUUCGUACAUCGCGACAUCAAACCGGGCAACAUCCUACGUCACGUGGUACCCAGUGGAAAGGUUGAAUACAAACUGUCGGAUUUCGGGACCAGCCGCACCGCAGCAGAAAACGAAGAAACACAUUCGAUUGUUGGAACUGAGGAGUACCUGCAUCCUGUACUCUACAAACACGCCUUUUUCGGGGAGGUCAAUCUCCUGACCCCAGUGGAAUAAAUUCCUUGUCAGGAGACUACUGGAGUCUGGGGUGCACGCUGUACCACGCCAUCACGGCGUCUGUGCCGUUUAAGCCCAUUGGUGGAGCAAGAGCCAAUAGAAAGGCGAUGCUGGUCAUGAUAUGCCAGAAGCCUGCGGGAGCCAUCUCUGGGCAGCAGACGAUGGACGGGGACUUCAGGUGGAGCAAACAGCUGCCCGGAGACUGCUGCCUCUCCGA